AUGUGGAUGCGCUGCACUGCUGUUGCUGCCACUGCUUCCCCCACGGAUGCUGCCAUAGAGAGCAAUGGGACAUGGAGAAGGAAGGAAAACAAGGCGAGGGCACCAUACGGGGGUACAGCUGCAACACAGUUUCCCCCAUCGGUUUCCCCCAUCGGUUUCCCCCAUCGGUUUCCCCCAUCGGUUUCCCCCAUCGGUUUCCCCCAUCGGUUUCCCCCAUCGGUUUCCCCCAUCGGUUUCCCCCAUCGGUUUCCCCCAUCGGUUUCCCCCAUCGGUUUCCCCCAUCGGUUUCCCCCAUCGGUUUCCCCGAUCGGUUUCCCCCAUCGGUUUCCCCCAUCGGUUUCCCCCAUCGGUUUCCCCCAUCGGUUUCCCCCAUCGGUUUCCCCCAUCGGUUUCCCCCAUCGGUUUCCCCCAUCGGUUUCCCCCAUCGGUUUCCCCCAUCGGUUUCCCCCAUCGGUUUCCCCCAUCGGCUUCCCCCAUCGGCUUCCCUCGUCGGCUUUCCCCCCAUACGUUUCCCCCAUCGGUUUCCCUCGUCGGCUUCCCCCAUCGGCUUACCCCAUCGGCUUCCCCCAUCGGCUUCCCCCAUCGGUUUCCCCCAUCGGCUUCCCCCAUCCGCUUCCCUCGUCGGCUUCCCCCAUCAGCUUCCCUCGUCGGCUUUCCCCCCAUACGUUUCCCCCAUCAGUUUCCCUCGUCGGCUUCCCCCAUCAGUUCCCCCCAUCAGUUUCCCCCAUCAGUUUCCCCAUCAGUUCCCCCCAUCACUUCCCCCCAGACCUCAAACCUGACGUCAAACCUGACGUCAAACCUGACGUCAAACCUGACCUCAAACCUGACGUCAAACCUGAUGUCAAACCUGACCUCAAACCUGACGUCAAACCUGACGUCAAACCUGACCUCAAACCUGACCUCAAACCUGACGUCAAACCUGACCUCAAACCUGACCUCAAACCUGACGUCAAACCUGACGUCAAACCUGACCUCAAACCUGACGUCAAACCUGACCUCAAACCUGAUGUCAAACCUGACCUCAAACUUGACGUCAAACCUGACCUCAAACCUGAUGUCAAACCUGACGUCAAACCUGAUGUCAAACCUGACGUCAAACCUGGACUCAAACUUGACGUCAAACCUGACCUCAAACUUGACGUCAAACCUGACCUCAAACCUGACCUCAAACCUGACCUCAAACCUGACGUCAAACCUGACCUCAAACUUGACGUCAAACCUGACCUCAAACCUGAUGUCAAACCUGACCUCAAACCUGACCUCAAACCUGAUGUCAAACCUGACGUCAAACCUGACCUCAAACUUGACGUCAAACCUGACCUCAAACUUGACGUCAAACCUGACCUCAAACUUGACGUCAAACCUGACCUCAAACUUGACGUCAAACCUGACCUCAAACCUGACGUCAAACCUGACCUCAAACCUGACGUCAAACCUGACGUCAAACCUGACCUCAAACCUGACCUCAAACCUGACCUCAAACCUGACGUCAAACCUGACCUCAAACCUGACCUCAAACCUGACCUCAAACCUGACCUCAAACCUGACCUCAAACCUGACGUCAAACCUGACCUCAAACCUGACGUCAAACCUGACCUCAAACUUGACGUCAAACCUGACCUCAAACCUGACCUCAAACCUGACCUCAAACCUGACCUCAAACCUGACGUCAAACCUGACCUCAAACCUGACGUCAAACCUGACGUCAAACCUGACCUCAAACUUGACGUCAAACCUGACCUCAAACCUGACCUCAAACCUGACGUCAAACCUGACCUCAAACCUGACCUCAAACCUGACGUCAAACCUGACCUCAAACCUGACCUCAAACCUGACGUCAAACCUGACCUCAAACCUGACGUCAAACCUGACGUCAAACCUGACGUCAAACCUGAUGUCAAACCUGACGUCAAACCUGACCUCAAACCUGACGUCAAACCUGACCUCAAACCUGACGUCAAACCUGACCUCAAACCUGACGUCAAACCUGACCUCAAACUUGACGUCAAACCUGACCUCAAACUUGACGUCAAACCUGACCUCAAACCUGACGUCAAACCUGACGUCAAACCUGACCUCAAACCUGAUGUCAAACCUGACCUCAAACCUGACCUCAAACCUGAUGUCAAACCUGACCUCAAACCUGACCUCAAACCUGACGUCAAACCUGACGUCAAACCUGACGUUAAACCAGACGUCAAAUCUGACGUCAAAUCUGAUGUCAAACAUGACGUCAAACCUGAUGUCAAACCUGACCUCAAACCUGACGUCAAAGGCAUGGGCAAUUGA